AUGUUGCAGCAAGGACACCUUAAAGAGCUGUUGAACGACAAAGGAAGGAACACCUUCGCAAGGGGUCAAGAGCGUCAAGGCUCGCUGAAGCUUCCCUCACCAGCUCGUACCAUCAAUAUGAUCAUUGGUGGUAGCGAUGACGCUUCUAACAACGGUGUCAAGUUCAAUGCCACUCACAAGAUCACAAGAUCGAUCACCCAUGAACGGUAUGACAUACUCGACGAGAGUAUCAUCUUCGAUGAGUCAGAUGCCAACAGUUUGACUUUCCCUCACAACAAUGCUCUAGUCAUUACUUUACGAAUUGUAUAUACUGAUGUUAAACAUAUCAUGGUAGAUGAUGGGAGUGGAGCGUGUAUUAUCCAUCCCCGAAUCCUCACCCAGAUGAGACUCGGCGACAAGAUAGUGUCGCGCUGCAUCAUGCAACAAUGCAGUUGA